GUCUCAACGUCAACAGUGAAGAGGAGACUCCGGGAUGCUGGUCUUCUAGGCAGAGUUCCUCUGUCCAGUCUCAACGUCAACAGUGAAGAGGAGACUCCGGGAUGCUUGUGUGUUGUGUUACCAGGCUGAUGUGUGGAGUAUGGGAGUGCUGCUGUUUGCUCUGCUCUGUGGAUAUCUAAUGUGUGUGUGUGUGUGUGUGUGUGUUGUGUUACCAGGCUGAUGUGUGGAGUAUGGGGGUGCUGAUGUGUGGAUAUAUAAUGUGUGUGUGUGUGUGUUGUGUUACCAGGCUGAUGUGUGGAGUAUGGGAGUGCUGCUGUUUGCUCUGCUCUGUGGAUAUAUAAUGUGUGUGUGUGUGUGUGUGUGUGUGUGUGUGUGUGUGUGUGUAUGUUGUUACCAGGCUGAUGUGUGGAGUAUGGGAGUGCUGCUGUUUGCUCUGCUCUGUGGAUAUCUGCCGUUUGAUGACGACAACUGUAUGGUCCUCUACAGGAAAAUCACCAGAGGUAGUUACAACAACCCUCAUUGGCUGUCUCCUGGGAGCAUCCUGCUACUCAACCAGAUGAUGCAGGUGGAUCCUAAGCAUCGUGUGACCAUCAGACAACUCCUAGACCAUCCCUGGACGAUGUCUGGCUAUGGCACCCCUGUAGAGUGGCACAGCAAGCAACCUUUGGGUUAUAUAGAUGAGGACUGCAUCACUGAGAUGUCCGUCAGCCUGAAGAUCUCCAGACAGAGCACCCUACAGCUGGUCAAUGAGUGGAAGUACGACCAGACCACUGCCACCUACCUGUUGCUGCUUUCUAAGAAACAGAGAGGGAAACCUGUCCGGAUCAGGCCUCAACUUCCUGUCUGUGAUGUCAUGUCCUGUUCACCUCAACGCCUGGGAGUACAGACUCUACUCUUUGAUGAUGAUGAUGAUGAUGCUGAGGACCGUUGCUAUGACGACGACCUGCCCUGGGUUCCGCUCACACCCCAGCAAGAGAGAGCAACCUGUCCGUCAGCUGAAAAGAGGCGGGAUCAGACUAAACACGCCCCUACUCCGGAGAGGGAGCCAAUCGCGCACCACCACCGUCACCAGGAGAGGCGGGAACGAUGCCGGGAACGGACCAAUGAAAACAAAGAGAACGUUGCCCUGGCCAAUAAGGAUGCUGAUAUAUUUGCUUUGCCCGCCCCCCGAUCCCCUGUAGCCAAUAGGAAGGCAACUCGGCCCAACAAGAGGGUCUUGACGACACCAACCCGUAAUAACACCAACAAGGUUGGCAACAAGGUAGACACACCCCAAGGUAAGACCACAGACACACACACACACAUACACACACACACACACACACACACACACACACACACACACACACAGACACACACACACACAGAUUCCAACACACAGACACAUUUUUACAUAGAACAACAAUUCAACUUUUUAAACACAGACUACACACAGACACACACAGACACAUCCUGA